AUGUCGCUGGAGUCAGGGGACUCCACCAAAGCUUCACUUACAUCAUUUACCAUCCCCAGAUCAUCCUUUACAGCAUUUAGGCUCCUGUACGCUCCUGCCCAUGAAGCCGGCGAACUAUCCAAAGUCAUAUAUCUAGGAGCCAUUCCAAAAGCAUGGUACGGUGGAAAACAGUACGGGCUCGUAGCCAACACUGUGAAACGUGCCAAAAAGAAGAUACGGCUGAAGUGGAAGGGGUCGUAUAAGAUUAUAGACCAUUCUAUCAAGCUGAGUGUGACUCAAAAUCUGUAUUGGACGAACCAGCAGCACGAAUGGACCGAGGAGAAUCCAGAUGAUGCGUUUUCUGGUGAUUUUCUAGAUCCGUGCUUGAACGAGGAACUUCAAGAGAUCGAGUUUCCAGAUGAACAUCCUCAAGAUGACGAUCUGGAGAUACCUGGUGGCUUGAGCCCUGUGGCCUCUGCGGUUUCUGAGGAAGGACCUACCGUGGAUUUUGAUGACCACAACGAGCUUCUCUUUAAUCAGGCAUUCAACAAUAGUGGCUCCGAGGGUCUGUUUGUUAGUGAGUACGACGGGCCUAGGCUCUUUUUACCACGUCACUCUUUUGUUGAUGAAGAGAGGGAUGCUGAAGAUAAUGAUCAUCUUGAAGGCUCAACGGUCCAUGCCUCUGGAGAGAAUCUCAAACCGAUUUUGGUAGAUUCGAAAACCCAGCAUCUUCAGCCCCAUCGUGUCACUUUCGACCCCAGCGCUCGUAGCUCCCGUGGGUCCAGCAUGGCUUUUGCAACUCCAGUGCCUGAAAACGAAGCCAGGCGCCAGGAACUAGAAAACGAAUAUAUCAAGGCGAAGAAAAAGCAUCUUCAAAAAUUGAAGAAAGUCGGCGGAUUGGCCAAGAAAGGCGGCAGCAAAGCGAGAAGCAAGGGCGCAAGGGUCAAGCUGAAGGUCGCUCGGCGAAUCAUGAGCAAGUUUAAGCCAGGCCAGAUUCUCAGGGUUGACAGAAUGCUAGUUCAAUUGCUGAAAUGCGAGGAUAACUUUCUGGAAAUGCACUACAACGAGGAGCUGUUUGGAAAGCUCAGAAUCACAGACCGCUGGAGAGAAUAUAACGUUGUGCUUCGAAAAGCAGACGACCUGCUGGCGCUUCUUGUUUUACAAUUCUACGAUCCUAAGAAGGGCGACAACUUUGACGAAAAGCCUCUUCACAAAAUGAAACUAUUGCCUGGAGCAAAGAUCGGAUUUUACAGUAACAACGACAAGACCAUUAGUGUCACUGUGCCGAAGGAGUGGGGCGUGAGAAUAGCGAUCAUGAACACGAAGUACGAAAGUGUUGCUUACAGAUGGCUUUUUGUGGUCAACGGAAUCCUAGAAGACGAGCAACCUUGUAUUUUCAACGUCACCCUUCCAGGAUUGCGUCAGGGUAUCAGGAUCCCCAUGACCCCUACUGUCUUGAGAGAUCUCAAGCAAACACAGCAUAGCAUAGAGGUAUCGAGUUUAGACUUUGGCUACCAUAUCUCGCCCGGUGUUCUUCCGAUGUACCUUCGAGACAAGAUAUAUCGGAAGCUCAACCAUGCUGCUCGCUUUGACGAAUCGGUCAAGAACUGGCUAGCUGAGAACCCAGAUCCUUGGUUCUGCUUUAAGUUCUAUGAUCGUUUAGAGUGGGCUCCGCCAAACAGCAUGAUAUUUUACGUGAUGCACAAGCUCAUGCAUCAAACUUACGAGUUACAGCUCCGCCAGGUCAGCAGACCACUUAUCAGCGUAAAUGAUAAGAAAGGAGUGACGUGGAUACGGCCGUAUCCGGUAGAAGGCUAUCUCGGUAGAGCCACCAACACAGCUGGUAAGGAUCUCGCCAAUAUGACGCCGUACUACAAACUUGGGUAUUUUUUCACGGUGGACCAUAUGUUCUUUUUCACGAAGCUUUUCGAAGGCCGUCCUCCUUCACCUAAUAACGAAUCCGAUUGUCUACAGGUUGACGACGAAGAUUUCCGUCAACUACCGUCCUUUUUUGUGAAAGACCCGUUUGAGGUCGAUAAGCAUGGCCACAUUCCAUGGCUCAAUCAGCCGAAUUUCGAGGCUCGAGACAAACACAUAGUUGAUGAGCUUGAGCGCAGAAUAGGGCAAAUCGCGAAAGCUGGUGGUGUGGUGGACCUUCUUCAGGUAAAGUCCAUUGACCCUUAUCCUUACGACCAAUUGUACAAUAAGCAGUUGUACUUUCAUGCAUUCUUCUGGCACGGUGUUGCAGAGGACUUAGAAGGAGAGGAAUUUCUAGAUUGUGUGUUCCAGAUUGAACUCACUAAUGGCACCAAGUUCCGGUUGAUGGCUCACAAUCAGACCAUACGUGACGAAUGGGUUGCUCGGCUUCGGGACAUUGUCAGUUUCUAUCGUAUGCUUGAAGCAUGCAGAAUUGCCAAAGCCACAGAGAUCAGAAAAGCGAACAUGAAGAGACUUCAGUACAGCGAGUACGUGGACUCCAAUUUUGUGAACGAGUACCACGGCUUUGAAAACGCUUAUUCAGUUGCCAAUGAGCAGAUCUUUAAUUUGAACGGUUUGGCAAUGUCGCAGUGCAUCUUGAUGAGCGGGUACUUAUUCAUGAAGCACAAGAAGCAUGCCAAUUUCGGCUCGCUAUACGUUGUUUUGAUUCCUGGCUACCUCAUUUUAUUUUCCUUGGCUAGAAGGUCAAAGGCUACUGGGAUGCUCAAGAGACGGCCUUGUUACGAGCACUACUUCACAAUUCCUGUUUCGGAAUGCUUCGUCUACCUGGGCAACCAGACUGUUUUUGAUUUGAUAGAGUACGACAGCGGAAAUCAAGAGAAGAUCUCUGGACACAACCAGCUUCCCAGAAUAUAUCCCGAUGGCUGGAAGCUGUGUGAAGAGGAAUCACAGCUUUGUUUCACCCUUUGGUUCGGUCAAAAGAGAAAGCUUCGUCACCAGUUGGAGGUGGCCUCUAAUCCAGGCUUGAUCAAGAUGAUCAGGCUACUUGGGCUCACAGGAAAGAACAUGGUUUUCAUGGCCCGGUCCCGGCAAUUGAGAGAGGCGUGGGUGAACCGUCUACUUCUCGAAAUCAACCGGUUUUCCGGCGCCCUAUAG